AUGGAGGAGGAUAAGGACGACGACGACGAAUGGAAAGAUGAGGAAUUUGAGUUCAGGCCUGAUCCGUUUAAGCGAGGACCUAUGGAUGCAGAGUCGCGGCAGGAGCAUGACGAGCUCGAACAGAGGAUGAAGCAUGAGCGUGAAGAAAUGGAUAGUGUGGUUAUGCUUCACCGUACUGAAAUGGACAUCAAGCUGAGAGAAGAGCGUGCAUCCUUGGGCCGUGCACUCAAAGGAGGAACAUGA